CGGCUGAUACGUGUAUUUUUCCGGUCCUUGUCCUUUUCUACUAGCUUCACUUAGUCGGCGAAGAAAAGCACACGGAUUAAAUUUAAUCCCAGUGAAAAUAUCAAAAUGUUAGGAUCACUUAAAUUAGUUUUAUAUUUAGCUAUAAUUUAUGUAUGUAAGGCCACUGAAGAAGAUGUACUAGAGCUUACAGAUUCCGACUUCAGUACUGUUAUAGCCCAACAUGAUACAGCUCUUGUCAUGUUUUACGCGCCGUGGUGUGGUCAUUGUAAGAGAAUAAAACCGGAAUACGCGGUCGCGGCCGGCGUUUUGAAAGAUGAUGACCCUCCCGUGGCGUUGGCUAAAGUCGAUUGUACGGAAGCAGGAAAGAGCACUUGCGAGAAGUUCUCGGUGUCUGGAUACCCAACACUCAAAAUAUUCAGAAAGGGAGAGCUUUCACAGGAGUACAAUGGUCCUAGAGAAUCAAAUGGUAUUGUCAAAUUCAUGCGUGCCCAAGUUGGUCCAAGCUCCAAGGAGCUCACAACUCUGGCCAGUUACGAGGCAUGGCUUGCUAAGGACGAAGUUGUUGUCAUUGGCUACUUUGAAAAGGACUCUGAACUCAAGAGUGAAUUCCUUAAGAAUGCUGACAAGAUGAGGGAAGAAAUCACUUUCGGCCACACAUCCGCUGAAGAGGUUCUGAAGAAGGCUGGUUUUAAAGACAAUGUCGUGCUAUACCGUCCCAAGCGCCUGAGCAACAAGUUCGAGGACUCAUCUGUGGUGUACAACGGCGAGGGCUCGCUGAAGGCCUUCAUCAAGGAGAACUAUCACGGCCUAGUGGGCGUGCGUCAGAAGGAGACCCUCGCUGACUUCACCAGCCCGCUGGUGGUGGCCUACUACGACCUGGACUGGACCAAGAACCCCAAGGGUACCAAUUACUGGAGGAACCGUGUCUUGAAGGUAGCCAAAGAACUGCCGGAGGUGACGUUCGCGGUCAGCGACAAGGACGACUUCGUCCACGAGCUCAACGACUAUGGCAUCGACUUCGCGAGGGGAGACAAGCCUGUUGUCGCCGGCAAAGACAUUGAAGGAAACAAAUUUGUCAUGAGCGCUGAGUUCAGCAUAGAGAACAUUAUCGCCUUCACCAAGGACCUUCUAGACGGUAAACUAGAACCGUUCAUCAAGUCUGAACCUGUGCCAGAGAAGAACGACGGACCAGUCAAGGUUGCCGUGGGCAAGAACUUCAAGGAGCUGGUGACAGACAGCGGCAGAGAUGCUCUGGUCGAAUUCUAUGCCCCAUGGUGUGGUCACUGCCAGAAACUUACUCCAAUUUGGGAGGAGCUCGGUGAGAAGUUGAAGGAUGAAGAGGUCGACAUCGUCAAGAUUGACGCCACCACCAACGACUGGCCUAAAUCGCUCUACGAAGUGUCUGGUUUCCCCACCAUCUACUGGAAACCCAAGGACUCUUCCAAGAAACCUGUCAGAUAUAAUGGAGGCCGUGCCUUGGAAGACUUCAUCAAAUAUGUAGCCGACAAUGCCUCAAGCGACCUCAAAGGCUUUGACAGAAAAGGAGCAAAGAAGGAUGAGCUGUAAACAGUUGUGAUGUUAAACUUUCCAUGAAAGAUCUGUGUGUGCAAGUAAUGUGCGUGUGUGUGUGCAAGUAUUAGCUCGCACAUAAUAAUUAUAAAUCUAUUUUGUAAUAAGACUACAAUAUAGUGUAUGAGCGUGAGACACAUUUUGUCAACGUUUUGGAGUAUUAUCAACAACUCCAAAUCUUAAAUCAAAUCUAAUAGCUUUUCUUGGUGUCAUUCCAUUUAUUUAUGAGUGAGUUUACUGUUUAUUUUGGAAUUUACCAAUUAAAAUUUGGAUGGUUGGUGAGAGUGAGAAAAUAUUGUAAUGUAUAAUUUGUGAAUCAAUUUUGUAUUUAUUUAGUACACCAACCAAGCUUUGUCAUAUUUUCAUAGAUAAAAUCCGUUAUUAAUAAUGAAUCAGAAAUACAGUAAUUUUUUAAUGCAUUUCUUAUAUUUUGGUCAGUGGUAACACUAAAUAAAUUAGUAAAUAUUUAUAAUAAA